AUGUCCCGAGACAGGCUCAACAGGUUCUUUACUCCAAGAGACGAACAGCAGCAGGCGUACAGGCGGAUAGACGGAGAUGAGAGAGAUACAGCUGAGGAAGAGGCGGAUAUCGCUGCGUAUGAUGCUCCGCCGGCCCAGGAGUUCUCAUGGGUCGUUUACUCUAUCUUCGCCUGGAUGGGGAUGGCCAUGCUCUGGGGAUGGAACUCAUUCCUCGCAGCGGCACCUUACUUUCAAAUCCGGUUUGCCAGCAACGAAUGGCUCCGAGACAACUCGCAAUCCUCAAUAACUUCAGUAUUCUGCGUUACGGGACUGUCUACCCAUAUUCUCCUGCUGAGACUCCAAAAAAAUGCUUCCUACCCAAAGAGAGUGCUCGUGUCACUUGCCCUCACAGUGGCCGUGUUUGCGCUGCUCACACUCUCCACCGUUCCCAGACAAGGACUUUCCCCCAACGCCCUUUUCUCGUUCGUUCUUUUUAUGGUCUUCAUAUGUGCGUUGUCCGCAUCAAUGAACCAGAACGGGAUGUUCGCAUACGUAUCUAGCUUUUCUCAGCCGGCCUAUACGCAGGCAAUCCUGGCGGGACAGGCACUCUCUGGUGUCCUGCCUUCCAUAGUACAGCUUAUUUCAGUUCUUGCUGUGCCAGACGCUACAGUACACGAAACUGAUGAGCUUGGAAAUGCAGAAAAAUCAGCAUUUGGAUUUUUCCUGACUGCAACACUGAUCUGUGGAAGUGCUUUCCUCGCCUUCCUCUACCUCCAUCAUUUCCAGUCCAAACGUGCCCGCUAUACCCCUGACGAGGACAGUGAUAUGUCAGACCCAGAAACGCCUUCAACGAAGAAGUCAGUUUCGUUGCUGACACUAUUCCGGAAGACCCUGUGGCUAUCUCCGGCGCUAUUUCUCUGCUUCUGCAUCACCAUGGCCUUCCCCGUGUUUGCAUCCCAGAUCCAGAGUGUGAAUAAGGGGAACCCUCCGCCACGUUAUUCUCAGCCUGGCGUGUUCGUUGCCCUUGCCCUUCUAUUUUGGAACUCCGGUGACUUGCUUGGGCGAAUGGCGCUUUUACUUCCAUCGUUGAAGGACAGGAGGCCUUCGCAGCGCAUCCUUUUUGCUCUCGCGCUGGCUCGCAUUCUUUUCAUUCCACUGUUCUUGAUAUGUAAUGUCCGAGGGAGAGGGGCGACUAUCAAUAGCGACCUCUUCUAUCUCAUCCUUGUUCAAGGCCUGUUUGGGUUUACCAACGGUUACAUCUGUGUUUCUGUCAUGGUUAGCACCCCAGAUCUGGUAAAUGAAGAGGAGAGAGAGGCAGCUGGUGCUUACAUGGGCAUGUUGAUAGUUGCAGGUUUAGCAGCUGGCAGCGUGCUUAGUUUCUUUAUUGGUGCUCUGUGA